AAAACGCGGUGGCGGCCUGGCGGGGCAUAUGUUCCACUCUGUAGACUCGGUCAUCGUUUUCGCGAAGCUUAGACUUUUCGAUUUAGCUUUUUUACUCAAUUUUCUGUCCCUCUUUUUACUCCAUAGCCGUUUGUUUCUUUUCAUCCAACCAUGAAGAACAGCACAAGGCAUCGCCGUCAUGCUGAGCCUUUCUGGCCGCGAGUGGUGAUGCGAAAAUGGCUCAACAUCAAAACCAAAGAUUCCGAUUUCAGCGCAGACUCUGAGUCUGAAGUCGCCUCCGACUCUGAUUCCGAUCAAGAUUUCUAUGAGUUGCCGAGGGAGUCGCGGUUUAAGGAUGAAAGAAGCUGUGGGGAAGUUGAGAUUGAUGCGAAUGAAGUUGUUCCCAGGCUAAGAAGACGAAAAUCAGAGACAUUCAGGGCACAAUACAUAAGUACAAAGGAAAUUAGAGUAUGUGUUGGCACAUGGAAUGUCGGUGGAAAAGUUCCUCCUGAUGAUCUAGAUCUUGAUGGUUGGCUAGAUAUUGGUGAGCCCGCUGAUAUAUAUGUGCUUGGCUUUCAGGAAAUCAUUCCAUUAAAUGCUGGUAAUAUCUUUGGUGCUGAAGAUAGCCGCCCAAUUUUGAAAUGGGAAAACAUCAUCCGAGAAUCACUUAAUAAAAUCCCUUCUGGGAAUAAGUUCAAAUCUUAUAGUGAUCCUCCUUCUCCAUCAAGGUUUAAGCCAUCUGAAGAUAUGCAUGAUAUUGAAGAGGAAAUUGUACUAGAGUCUGAUAGUGAGGGCGAGGAAGAAAUUGUUCCAAUUAAUGAAGAGUUCAAUGAAUUUGUUGAAGUCAAGGAUGGAAAUGUCUCUGGUAGUGAUAUGGUUGUCGAUGCUGAUGUGCCCACAUCCAACGGUAACAGAGAAGAUGGGUAUAAAAGGCAGUUUUCUUUGCCAAAUAGGAUAAAUGAAUUAGAUUGCUCUAUACCUGAAGAGUGUGAAGGAAAUGCAGAGGAAUUGAGUACCCAGUAUGGAAAGAAAUUAACCAAAACACUUAGUGUGACAGAGAAGAUUGGCCUAUGUUGGCCUGAGCCACAACUAGAUAUUCUGCCUCAGCAUAUUUUAGAUCGACCUAAUUGCAUGAAAUCUAUGAAAUCGUUCAAGGCUUCCAAGUCUUUCAGAAGAUACAGCUCUUUCAAUUCCACGGCUAAUGGUCAAAACAGAAUGCAAUCUGACAUAGCCAUACUUGCAGAAAUCGAUCUGGAAUCUUUAAUAAAACAGAAAAGAAGAUCACCAUACGUGAGGAUUAUAAGCAAGCAAAUGGUUGGUAUUUUCUUGACUAUAUGGGUCCGCAGAGGCUUGCGAAAACAUAUCCAAAACUUGAAUGUGUCUACAGUUGGUGUUGGUGUAAUGGGCUACAUAGGUAACAAGGGAUCAAUAUCGGUUAGCAUGUCUAUACACCAGACCCUUGUCUGUUUCGUUUGCACUCAUUUAACAUCUGGUGAGAAAGAUGGGGAUGUGGUCAAAAGAAAUGCAGAUGUGCGUGAAAUUCAUCGGAGGACACACUUUAAUACAUAUUCUAGUAUUAGACUUCCUAAAAGUAUCAGUGACCAUAAGAAAAUCAUCUGGCUGGGUGAUUUAAAUUAUCGUAUGAAUUUAUCAUAUGAGAAGACAAUGAAGCUAAUAUCCAAAAAAGACUGGUCUAAGCUAGCUGAAAGUGAUCAGCUUAGAAAAGAGCUGAAGAAAGGACGUGCUUUUGAUGGAUGGACUGAAGGUGUUUUAAAUUUUCCACCCACUUAUAAGUACGAGAUUAACUCAGACAAGUACCAUGGAGAGGAUCCAAAGUCUGGAAGGCGUACUCCAGCAUGGUGUGACCGUAUUCUUUCGUCUGGGAAGGGAAUGCGGCUGCUUAACUACAGGAGAUCUGAUCUUAGAACUUCUGAUCAUCGGCCCGUGACAGCCUCUUAUAUGGUAGAAGUCGAGAUAUUCUGUCCAAAGAAAUUGCAGCGCGCCCUCACAUUCACUGAUGCAGAGAUCGACAAAGAGGAAAUUGUUACUGAUACAGAAAUCGAGAGUGGAAUUAACCGAUUAACAAUAGAACAGAAUGCUUCAUUAUGGCGGCACUAAGAGAGGGUAACCCAAGGGAGGGCUGGAGAGGCUGCAUAUUAUGACGCCCGUGACUCUUUCAUCCCACGCAAUUAGUCCAAAUUUGACCCGAGCCAGUUCUUUGAAGUCUUUUAUU